AUGGUCAGCACAGAGUGCAGACGCGACGAACAUGACGCUGACGAGGGGAUGCCGCAGAUGUCACUCGCGCAAUUCGCAGAAGACGUUCACGAUGAGCUAGAACCACCCGAAACGCAAAAAUCGCCCAAGAAGGGGAGAGCACAACACUUGGACAACCAUAAGACAGCACAGUUCGUCUUGAAGAAGAUCGGCCCGGAGAGACACUGCGACGACCAAGUCGUAUCGAAAGUCGACAUUCGAAAUCUCCAAAGAGUCCGCAAAACGAGACUCGCCGAAUCACACACCCGCCGUUGUUCGCAACGUCGAUCGCAGCGCGCGGAGGAAAGCUACCGACGUGUACUUGGACGCGCACUACAUGGCGAUGAGAGUGACGAGCAUGCCUGGGAUAAGGAGGAAGAUCUUGCCGAGCCUAUCUCAUAG